GUUUGGAUUUCACCAAAAUAUAAGUCGUAUGUUUUAAACCAGAUGGCUAUAAAUGAGGGAUCAUAUGUUUGUGAAGUUUUAACGCCGUUAUUUAGCAUUGCUUUGGGUGAUUUAUCAGUAAAAGAUAAAACAUGGAGGAUAUGUGAUAUGGCAAGUUGGCCCGAUACCAUACCAAAGGGUGAUUCACGUAUCACAUAUAGACCAGAUCUUAUAUUUAUUGCAUAUUUAAAUAAUCAAAGAAUUGAUCUUUUAAAUAUGGAGACUGGGAAUAAUUUAAGAAUUUAUAAUAUGUAUAUGGAAUAUGGAAUUCUUAAAAAUUGCCUACUAACUCAAGCGACCAUACCAUUACAUGCAGUAUCAGCUAAUACUGUCUAUCCACUUAUUCAUUCGUUGUUAACUUUAAGGACAGCGAUUAUAUGUACAUUACAGAAGCUUUCUAUUUACCUUGAAAACAAGUUGGAAAAUAGCGAUAAUUCCGAUGAACAAAUAGCCAAAACAAUAAAUCCUCCCAAAAGACACAAAUCUAACCUAAAAUUAAAAUCGAAAAGAAGCUCAGAUUUCAAGAAUGUAUCUACGUCUUGA